AUUUGUUCUUUUGCAUGACAUCAGGGCAUGAGUAUCGUUGGGGACCUGUUUGGAGCAGGGAAGAUGUUCCUGCCCCAGGUCAUCAAGUCAGCCCGCGUCAUGAAGAAGGCCGUGGGCCACCUCAUCCCAUUCAUGGAACGGGAGAAGGCGCUGGCUAAGCAGAAGAUCAAAGAAGAGACGGGCAAAGAUAUCAUGCAGGAUUCCUACAGUGGCACAGUGGUCAUUGCCACAGUCAAGGGAGACGUCCACGACAUCGGAAAGAACAUAGUGGCCGUGGUGCUGGGAUGUAACAACUACAGGGUCAUUGACCUAGGGGUCAUGACCCCAUGCGACAAAAUUCUCCAGACGGCCAUUGAGGCUAAAGCAGAUAUUGUUGGCCUGUCUGGGCUGAUCACGCCCUCGCUUGACGAGAUGAUACACGUUGCCAAGGAGAUGGAACGCCUAGGCUUCAAGCUGCCGCUCCUGAUUGGUGGAGCCACGACGUCCAAGACCCACACGGCUGUCAAGAUUGCGCCCUGCUACUCUGCUCCUACCAUACAUGUCCUGGACGCGUCAAAGAGCGUUGUUGUGUGUUCUUCCCUGAUGGACAAGGACCAGAUUGAAGACUUUGCCGACGAAAUCCGGGAGGAAUAUGAGGAGAUUCGUGAAGAUCACUACGACUCCUUGAAGGAUCGUCACUACCUCUCCUUGGAGGAAGCUAGAAAAAAGAAGUUUCACAUUGACUGGAACACAGAGCCAAGACCAGUUACCCCAGCCUUCAUUGGCACCAAAGUGUUCAAGGAUUACGACCUGACUAGUCUGGUACCUUGCAUCGACUGGAAACCUUUCUUUGAUGUCUGGCAGCAGGGGAAGUAUCCCAACCGGGGCUACCCGAAGAUCUUCAAGGACAAGACAGUUGGUGAGGAAGCGCAGAAGGUAUUCAACGAGGCGCAGACAAUGCUGAACAAGAUCAUCGACCAGAAGCUACUGCGUGCCUCGGGGGUCCUGUGCAUCUACCCAGCCUACAGCGUGGCAGACGAUAUCUAUGUCUUCAGUGAAGAGAUCGGCGUUGGGGAGCCCAGUGCUGUGUUUUACGGCCUUCGACAGCAGGCUGAGAAAGAUUCAGGGACCCCCAAGGAACCCUACAUGUGCCUGUCGGACUUUGUCGCGCCGCGGGAGUCAGGGGUACCAGAUUAUGUCGGUGCAUUUGCCGUGUCCGCAGGUUUUGGCUCCCGAGAGCUCUGCGCAAAAUACGAGAAAGAGUUUGAUGACUACAGUAUCAUCAUGGUCAAGGCGCUUGCUGACAGACUAGCCGAGGCUUUUGCAGAGGAGUUACACAUGAGGCUUCGGAAGGAGUUCUGGGGCUACAACAACCAAGAACACCUGGACACCCAGGACCUUCUCAAAGUGAAAUAUGAGGGUAUCAGGCCGGCCCCGGGUUAUCCCAGUCAACCAGACCACACAGAGAAACAGACCAUGUGGGAGCUGAUGGACGUAGAGACCAACUGCGGCAUCAAGCUGACUGAAUCCUUAGCCAUGGAGCCCGCCGCCUCCGUCUCAGGCCUCUACUUCGCCCAUCCCAAGUCCAGCUAUUUCGCCGUGGGGAAGAUCUCUAAAGACCAAGUCGCAGAUUACGCCAGCAGGAAGCGCAUGGAUCUUGCUGAUGUGGAGAAGUGGCUGGGCCCCAACCUGGCCUAUGAGACAUCAUGACCCCAGUAAGAAUAUCCUCAAGGAUGUGAAGAGAGGAUUCCAAAUAUGACCUCAUCAGAGCCCAGGUUAAGGUUCUGCAUAGUUUCAGCUGUAAAGGCCUCUUCGUAUUCUCAGUGCAAACACAAACGUGAAUGCAAAUGCGGGACAUCAGGGCUCCGAAUCUCAAAAUCCAGACAAGAAUUAAGAAUUUUGGCAUAAAGAAUUGAAGGAGCAUUUUAUAAACCCCCAAAAUAGCAAAAUCGCCAAAAUGGUUGAUUCGCCAGUAUGUGCGAUUUGUGCGAUUAGAACGCAUUUCAUUUGUUGCAAAUUUCACCGACUACAUUUUGUGACGUCGAAUCCCCCUAUGGGUUCCCAUUUGUAUAAACCAAAAUUGUUUGCAAGUUUUUUUCAAACACUUGCAAAUAUUCACAAGUUUUUAGAUGCCAUUUUCUUGAAUGGAAAGUUACACAGUUACUGGCCAGUGGAACAUUACAGCAAGUAAACUUGCUCAAAUUAUAAUUAGCCUUGAAAUGAACAAAAUAUAAAAAUCAGUUUCAAAAUAACCCGGGAGAGGUUUGCAGAGAUAUGAAGUUACUUUUAAAAGAGAAUUUUGGUUCUGAGAAGUACCCUAGGUGUUUACUGAGAAGUACCCUAGGUGUUUACCUUGGGCCGUAUCAUAAGUCCGACGCCUCAUAGGUCCGACGCCUCAUAA